GGUCGUUGCCAUAGCGACCGUAAACUUCCAGUUGCUCAACAACUAGUGUCCAUAGGUUCACUUUAUGUUGGAAAAGCUAGCUAGCUAAUCUCAAACGGACUUUUCUUUUCAUAAUGGAGGCUAAACCUGACGUUUUGGGGAUAUCAUCCAAGAUCAUUUCUCUUGCCUUCCCCAAAGGAACAGAGAAGUUGUGUGAACUUUGUCAGAGAGAAGCCCACCUGCAGUGCACCCAGUGUCGGGUCACCUUCUACUGUGAUGCAGAGCACCAGCAGACUGACUGGGUGGGGAUCCACAAGAGAAUCUGUCAGCUGCUUGUUCCCAUUCGCACCCCAACACUCUUUAGUCUCCAGGCGGCUGGCCGCAUUGAAAUACAGCUUAAAAAGGCAGAGCUGAUUGAGAUUUGCAGGUCGGUGGCUCAGAGCAGUCUGUCUGAGGGGAAACACCAGGAGGCUCUGCCUGCCGCCCAGUUCUGCCUACGCUGUUCCAUAGACGUCCAUGGUCCCAGUACUAUCCACCUGGUCCCUGCCUAUCUGCUCCUGGCUGAGGCCAACAUGGGUUUGGGUAAUCUAACCUUGGUCUCGGAGCUCCUGUCGCAGGCUGAGUGGGCGGUGUUGAAGAGCCCAGAAUGUGGCCACACAGUCCACCAUCAGCUACACAGGAGCCUGGGCCGCCUCCACAUGGCGACUGGGAACCUGGAAGCAGCUCUGCUUCACUUUGCAAAUGAUGUUUACUUUGCCAGUGAGGAGUAUGGUCUGGAUAGCACAGUCACCUGUGGUGGCUACUUUCUCAUGGCUAAUGUGUUUGCCAAACAGGGGAGGAUGCCUAUUGCUUGUUCCUUGUACUCUGAGGUGGCACGUACUUGGCACUGCCAUCUGACCAAACUCCUCAAGACCCACGUCCAAUAUGUCCACAAUCCUGACAUGAUGUUGGAGCCCUCUUAUGACAAAGCCAAGCAAGUCGAAGUGGACGAGAUGUUAAGAACCAUGUUGGACUUUGAGCAAAAUGGCUCGAGAAAAGACUCCACUCAGAUUGCGCUGUUGGCUCACUGCCUGGCCAUGCUGUGGUUCCUAGGAAAAGACUCCCUAAAGGCAUUGGGAUUUUGCAGCAUUGCCCUGCAGGCCAGCCAGCUGAUACCAAACCAUGACCUGACAGAGCCCAUCCAGAGACUGCUGCAGCUGGUGCAGACAGAAGCACAUCCUGGUUCUGACUAGUCACCGUACCUGCCCUGCCCAUUCCUCUGCCUGGGGACCUUCUCCAUCAGGACAACUGUUUUAACCCCACACUGAUUCAUCCCCAUGCAAAUGUAGAGACCGCUGACAAAUAAAACCUUUAUGUGUACAGA